GAGAGAGAGAGACAGAUAGUCCUUGAAAGGUGAGUGAUGCAUAAUGAAUGCGAGCUAUCUCAUCGAUGAAAUUAAGUGCAAGGACACACAAGUCUACAAUUGUAUUUGAGGUGGUGGUCUACGGUAGGGGCACAAUGCUGGCGAGGAAGGGCGUCUUGGCGGAGAAGUACCUGCUGACCAGGCUAGUGGAGGAUGACCUGUCGCAGCCGCGCUACCGGGCCAAGGCCAGCAGGGCCCGCUUUGUCACCAAGAAGGGCAGCUGCAACGUGGCCCACAAGAACAUCCGCGAACAGGGCCGCUUCCUGCGGGACAUCUUUACCACCCUGGUGGACCUCAAGUGGCCUUACACGCUGGUCAUCUUCACCAUGUCCUUCCUGUGCAGCUGGAUGGUAUUCGCCAUGCUGUGGUGGCUGAUCGCCUUCGCCCACGGUGACCUGGACGCAGGGCGGGUCGGGGCGGUGCCGUGCAUCACCAGCAUCACCAGCUUCACCUCGGCUUUCCUCUUCUCCAUCGAGGUGCAGGUCACCAUCGGCUUUGGUGGGCGAAUGGUGACGGAGGAGUGCCCGGCGGCCAUCGUUGCCCUGAUCGUCCAGAACAUCACGGGGCUGAUCGUCAACGCCGUCAUGCUGGGCUGCAUCUUCAUGAAGACGGCCCAGUCCAACCGGCGGGCGGAGACCAUCAUCUUCAGCCGCCACGCGGUGGUGGCCCUGCGCGACGGCCUACCCCGCCUCAUGUUCCGCCUGGGCGACCUGCGCAAGAGCAUGAUCAUCAGCGCCACCAUCCGCAUGCAGCUGGUGAAGAAGACCACCACCCGGGAGGGCGAGGUGGUCCCCAUCUCACAGAUCGAGGUGCAGGUGGAGAACCCGGUGCGCACCAACGGCAUCUUCCUGGUGUCCCCGCUCAUCAUCAGUCACACCAUCGACCGCCGCAGCCCGCUCUACGCCGUCUCCAAGGCGGACCUCCAGCAGGGGGACCUGGAGCUGGUGGUCCUGCUGGAGGGAGUGGUGGAGACCACCGGCAUCACCACCCAGGCCCGCACGUCCUACCUGCCCGACGAGAUCCUGUGGGGCCACCGCUUCGUCCCCAUCGUGACGGAGGAAGAGGGCAGGUACUCGGUCGACUACUCCAAGUUCGGCAACACGGUGAAGACCAACAUGCCGCCGCACAGCGCCGAGGAGCAGGAGAGGGGCCGGGACCAAAGCAGCAACGGGCCCAGGCCUCUGGCGGGCGCUCUGCGCAAACGUAGCUCCUCCAAGCCCGGCAACCCAUCGGGCAUAAAGCCGGCCGUGCACUUCCAGUCUCUAGACUCCCUCUCGGAUCUAUAAUCCUGCGCGGCAGGUAGAGCUGCUGCCUCACAGCGCCAGAGACCCGGGUUCGAUCCCCACCACGGGUGCUGUCUGUACAGGGUUUGUUC